AUGACCAAAAACCCUAUGUCUCUCUUCAAGACGAACUACCAGCCAUUGUUAGAAACCUUUAAAUCCCUACUGAGCUCCUGGGAGGGGAAAUACUUGUCCUGGGUGGGGCGGAUCGCGGCCAUAAAAAUGUCACUGUUACCCAAACUCCAAUACCUAUACAGAAAACUACAAAUUUCAGUACCAGACAAGUACAUCAAAGCACUCACAAAACUGCUAACGCACUUCACAUGGCAAAACAAAAAACCCAGAGUAGCGACCAACCUAUUACAAAGGCCGAUAAACCAGGGCGGACUAGGCUUCCCAGACCUAAAAGCAUAUUGUAAAGCGGCGACGUUGAUGCUAGUGCCACAAUUUCGACAACAUCCCACAGCCCCACAGUGGCUGGAAAUAGAAAACAGCUGGGCCCACCCAAAGACACUACACUCCAUCCUGUGGACACCCAAAUCACAUAGGACAGACACUAGCCACCUUCUACCCACGACUCAAUAUACCCUACACGUAUGGGAUUCCACAAAGCACCUAAUGACGCGAUACCACCCACUGCCUUUGGCAGCCCCAACCAGCACCCUAGAACAUGUAAUACCGAACCUGAACAUACAACCAUGGCUACAGAUGGGCAUCCAAGAAAUAGGGCAGUUAUACAAUGACAAGGGGUUGAAACUAUUUCCGGACCUACAACAAGAAUUUCAACUACCCCACAGACUAGGCUUCGCAUACCUCCAAAUUAAAUCUUACUUAACCAAAAACAAACUUAACGAACAGGCUGCUGCAGCCACAAGCCCGAUGACCGAAUUCGAACAGAUAUGCACACACAGAAAACCAAUGAAAAAACUAAUCUCCAUCAGUUACAAAGCACUGACCCAAGCGUUAGACCAGGGCAAAGAAACACACAUUCAAUCCUGGCAUGGAGAAUUAGGCAGAAUAAUCCCACUGGCAGACUGGAUUAAGGCUUACUCCUCGUACAAAGGUGUAACAUCAUGCGCUACUCAUAUUGAGAUGCAGCGCAAACUGUUAUACCGUUGGUAUUUAGUACCAUCCAGACUCCACCAGAUGUGGCCGCGAUCCUCCGACACCUGCUGGAGAUGUGGCCAGAGUAAAGGCACCAUGUCUCACGUCUGGUGGACAUGCCCCACCAUCAAACCCUAUUGGCAGGAGGUGCAAACAAUCAUAAAUGCCACCACACAAACACAAAUCUCACUGACACUGGAAUUAUGCAUCCUAUUCAUCCCACCAGACUCACUUACUAAAGAUAUGUGGGCAGCAACAUACCACAUCCUUAUGUCCGCAGUCACAUGCAUUGCUAGGCUAUGGAAACAAACGGCAAUCCCAUCACGGGAAGCUCUCAUAAACCAAAUAAAACUGAACUGGGCCUACGAGACAGUAUAUGCACGACAAUUUGGAGGAAAGAAACACAUGAUUCUAGCUCACAACAGGUGGGACGACUUUCUACGAUCAGAAGGACUACAAAAAGAACCGACAUAA